AGAAGUGCUAUGAAAAUGCACGCAAUUCAAAGUGCAAAAGCAAAAUGGUAGUAUCCAAUGAAUUAUGGCUCAAAUGACCAAACACUCACAUAGUUUCCUUGUACUAAUCUAAGAGGUGGCGGACCCUAUUUUUGGUUAAAAAAAAAUGGUAGUAAAUGUAAAAAUAAGGAGAAAAGAGGGGAAUUUGUAAUUUUGCCAUUUAUAUCUUCCCAUCGGAAAAUACAUAGAUUACAAGCAAGUACAGCGUGGCUUCCAGCCACCCUUUCUUCUCCUUCUCUUCAGUUCAGACUUCAGAGAGCUGCCUCCUGAAACCCUAGCUUCUCCACCACCGCUGCAAGGACUGCCACCGUCCGUCGAGCUCAGGCACCACCUUCCUCGUCUGGUCAUCCGCCUUUCUUCUUCAUUCAACAAUCGCACCCCCUUCCUCGAGCUCGGCAUCAGUCCCUGGUCUUCGUCUGCUCCGUGGCGCUCAAGCACCACCAUCUUCGUCUGGUCGUGGUGCUUGAAGUUUCCAACCCACCAAUAGCAACAUCUUCCUCGAGCUCGGUGCGUUGGAGUCUGCUUUUCGUUUGUCAGCCGCAGCUUCUUCCAAUCCACCACCGUCGUGCUCGUCUCCUGCCCUCCGUCUUUGUUGCGCUUCUGCCCCUAUGCUCAGACUGCUCAGAAGUCAGAACGAAGUACAGGGCUUAAGCUGUGUGGCACUGUACAGAGUUGAUGCUUCGGGAAACUGUGCUGCUCCAGACGGCGACGACGUUCAGAGACGUAACCUGCAUUCGGCAUCGUUGACUUGCACCACCGCACAUGCUAUCAUUGGCCUGUUUCUCUCUCUUGUCUUGAAAUUGGUUCCUGUUGAUGACUUCCCAUGGCGGCUAUGGAGCUCAAGCACUGCCUCCUCCAUGGCCUCAACUCCUUCAACCACCUCAGGACCGCCCACUGCCGCCUCCUCCGCCUCUACAUCGACCACGAUAACUACCUUCUCAACAUCAUCCUCCAGUAUUCAUUUUUCUUUCGCAACGCGCCCUACGCCAAACGCGUCUUCUCCCAAUCCAAGAACCCUAACAUAUACCUCUUUAACACUAUGAUCCGUGGAACGGUCUCCAACGACUCCUUUGACGACGCCGUUCUGUUUUACAACUCAAUGCGCAGCGCCGGGUUCUUGCCAGACAACUACACGUUCACUUUUGUACUCAAAGCGUGUGCCAGGCUGGCGGAUUUUCCGUUUGGCGUCAAGCUCCAUUCGCUUGUUGUGAAAAUGGGAUUCAAUUGUGACGUGUUUGUCAAGACAAGUCUUGUUUGUUUGUAUUCGAAAUGUGGGUACUUAAAGGAUGCACGGAAGGUGUUUGAUGAUAUUCCUGAGAAGAAUGUUGUUUCGUGGACCGCUAUUAUCUGUGGGUAUAUUGGGUGUGGCCUUCACGAGGAAGUAGUUGGUUUGUUUAGAGAGUUGUUAGAGGUGGGCGUGAAGCCGGAUAAUUUCACUCUCGUUCGGGUUUUGUAUUCGUGUUCUCAGUUAGGGGACUUGGCCAGUGGAGAGUGGAUUGAUAAGUAUAUAACUGAGAGUGGUUUCCAUAGGAAUGUGUUUGUGUUGACUUCUUUGGUUGACAUGUAUGCCAAGUGCGGGAGCAUGGAGAAGGCGCGGCAGGUUUUUGAUGGAAUGGUUGAGAGGGAUAUUGUUUGUUGGAGUGCCAUGAUUCAGGGCUAUGCAUCCAACGGGCUUCCUAAGGAAGCACUUGACUUGUUCUUUGAGAUGCAGAGGGAGAAUCUGAGGCCUGAUUGCUAUGCCAUGGUGGGAGUUCUUUCUGCAUGUGCGAGGUUGGGAGCACUGGAGUUGGGGAAUUGGGCUAAUGGAUUGUUGGAUGCUGAUGAGUUUUUGUCGAAUCCUGUACUAGGCACUGCCUUGAUUGACUUUUAUGCUAAAUGUGGAAGCAUUGCACAAGCGGUGGAUAUUUUCAGAAUGAUGAAGGGAAAGGAUCGUGUGGUGUUCAACGCCAUAAUUUCUGGACUGGCUAUGAACGGACAUGUUCGGGCCACAUUUGGGGUAUUUGGACAAAUGGAGAAGUAUGGAAUUCAGCCAGAUGGGAAUACUUUUGUUGGCUUACUUUGCGGGUGUGCCCAUGCUGGUUUGGUUAAUGAUGGUCGACGAUAUUUCGAUAGCAUCAGUCAUGUCUUUUCUUUAAGUCCUACUAUCGAGCAUUAUGGAUGCAUGGUGGAUCUUCUAUCCCGUGCAGGCUUGUUGGUCGAAGCACAUAAUUUGAUCAAGAGUAUGCCAAUGAAACCGAAUACUAUUGUUUUGGGGGCAUUAUUGGGAGGAUGCAGGUUGCAUCGUGAUACUAAAUUGGCAGAACCCGUGUUAAAGCAGCUGAUUGAGUUAGAACCAUGGAAUUCAGGACAUUAUGUUCUCUUAUCAAAUAUAUAUUCAGCAAGUCGUAGAUGGGAUGAAGCAGAAAAAGUUAGGUUAACACUGAACAAGAAAGGAAUGCAAAAAUUACCUGGGUGUAGUUGGGUUGAAGUGGAUGGGGUUGUUCAUGAAUUCCUUGUAGGAGAUACUUCCCAUCCUAUGUCACAGAAGAUAUAUGAGAAACUUGAAAGUUUGUUUAAGGAAUUGAGAGAAGUUGGUUAUAGUCCGACUACUGAGUUUGUGCUCUUCGAUAUAGAGGAAGAGGAGAAGGAGUACUUCCUUGGCUGUCAUAGUGAAAAAUUAGCCAUUGCAUUUGCCCUGAUCAAUACUGGGGCAAAUGACAUCAUUCGUGUUGUUAAAAAUCUACGCGUAUGUGGUGAUUGUCAUGAGGCCAUAAAACUCAUUUCCAAAGUUACAGGGAGAGAGAUAAUCAUUAGGGAUAAUAACAGAUUCCAUUGUUUCAGAGAAGGUUCAUGUUCUUGUGGAGAUUAUUGGUAACAUUUUGUGAUGUAGA